AUGGUAGGCAAACAAGGUCAGGUCAAGCCAAGCCUGCGUCAUAGAAAUUUGGAAGAUGGAAAAGAAUCCAAUGAGGAAUACUCAGCACCAGUGUCCCUCGCUUUUGCAGUUAGCGCUUCAGCUGCCUCCAUUCGCCGAGACAAUUGCUCAUUCACUCUCACCGCAUCAGGAGGAGCGUCUGGUAUUGUCGGUCAGUUGGACGAUGGUCAACUUCGUAUCCUCGGUGGCCACCCAACCGCAACCUUCACAAUCAGCAACGGUGCAGCCACUGAUUCGAAAGGCCGACCAUGUUAUCUAACAUCCGAGGCUAACCAAUACCAAUGUGAUACUGGUAUGACCGCCACGAACGGUUUUGCUAUCGGUGCAAACGGUACAUACUCUCACUCUGGAUCGUCCGUAUUCUAUGCAUGCCCAUCCUCUGAUUCCGAUUACAACAUCUAUACAACUCCUAUUGCUAGCCAGACUAAGUGCGUCAAGGUUGAAUUGACUGCUAGUGGAUGCUUUGCCCGGGCUUCAUCAUCUUCAGCAGCACAAAUAAGCACAUCUACCCCAUCAUCUAAACCUUCCGUUACUACUGCUACCACAACUCAGCAGCAGACAUAUAAACCUUCCAUUAUUACUGCUACCACAACUCAACAGCAGACAUGUGCCCCUUCAACUGUUACUGUCUCAUCCCCAGCUCAGACUAUCUAUGUUACAACCUCUGCUGUGGCAACCGCACCUGGUCAGACUAUCUACGAGACCAAGACUUUGAAAGAGACUACCCCCGCCCAGACUGUUGUUGUCACUCAGACUCCAUCUGCUCAAACCAUCUAUGUUACUUCAAAUGCCCCUGGACAAACUGUUCACGAGACUCGGACCCAGGAAAAGACUGCUCCAGCUCAAACUGUCUACAUCACCCAGACACAAAAGCAGACUGUUGCUCCUUCAACGGUCACCGUCACUCAAGUCCAAUCUGCAGCUCCUUCUACAGUUACCAUCACCCAGGUACAGACUAUAACUGCUGUCUCUACACUUAAGGCUAGCUCAGUCGUUUCUUCAAUCCCAUCCAAGGCCACUUCAACCACUCCAUCCUCCACAUCCUGCCCUACAAACCUAGAUGGCACCUAUUCAUCCCCCAACCUAAUCAUCCCAGUAUCAUCCAAAUCCCCAAGUACAGCCUACGGCACUUCCUACUUCGGAGUAGUAAACAGCACCAUCUCCUCCCUCUUCAACUUCGACAUACCCACAUCAUACGCAUCAAAGAAAUGUUCUCUAGUCUUCCUCUUCCCAACCCAAGACAUGCUCGAAACCUCCUCUUACACCUUCUCCGGAUCCGGAGCUAUUAAUUUCAAACAAUUAAGCACUACUGUUACUCUUAACUCCACCUAUAACUCUAUUGGAAAUACCGAAAGGGAUUUCGGUAGCAAGAUUUCAACACCGGGUUCUUGGACUGUGGUUGAUACUUUUGAUUGUCCGGCUGGAGAGGCUAUUAGUUUUGAGAUGAGUACCGGUGGAAUUAAUACUAAUUUGUCGUGGUUUGAGGAUUAUAAUCCUUCUCCCAUUGGUCUUUUUAUUACUACUUGUUAA